GGUGAACAUAAUUGGAACUGCGUUAGCUGUCGGGUUUUUCUGAUCGAGUCUGCGAUGCGCGGGCUAUGUCUGUCAAACAUGUAGUGAUUAGUACAAUAUAAAAUUAUGUCAUUCCAUUGAAUGCAAGUAAACGAGAAUCUAAUAGUACUGCAAGCAUGGAGAAGAGAGGCAGCGCAGAACUGUUGAAUGUAGAACAAAAUAAUUCUAAAAAUGCCAGCUCGGAUUCUCUUAACUCAGACAGCAAGAGCAGUUCGCUCAAUUCCAAAAUGGGCCAAGAAUCGGAAAGCUGGGAAAAAGCAUCUCAUUCCAAAAGUUUUUCCUCAAGCUCUGCAUCAACAGAUAACAAUAUUGUCUCUGCUUUAGAAGCUAGAAAAGAGAAUCAAGUAAAAAAUCUGUCCAGCGGAGAAACGGGACCGCCGCUUUUAAACGGAGAACGGAUGCAGGGUAUUGCUCACGAGGUAACUUAUCUAUGCCCGUACUCCGGACCAGCCAGAGGAAUUCUUAGCGUUACCAAUUACAAGCUUCAUUUUCGGAGCGUCGAUCGCGAAACACCGUACGUGGUGGAAGUACCUCUAGGUGUAGUGAGCAGAAUCGAAAAAGUUGGUGGUGCGUCUAGCAGGAGAGAAAAUUCUUAUGGAAUUGAAGUGUUCUGUAAAGACAUGCGGAAUCUCAGAUUCGCCCAUAAACAGGAGAAUCAUUCCAGACGGGACAUUUUCGAGAAGCUCCAACAGUAUUCAUUCCCAUUGUCUCACAAGUUACCACUCUUUGCGUUUGAAUACUCCGAAACGUUUCCUGAGAAUGGUUGGAAUGUCUAUGAGCCCAUAGCUGAGUUAAAAAGAAUGGGGGUAAACAACGAUAUGUGGAAAAUAUCGAAGAUCAACGACACAUAUUCGGUAUGCGAUAGUUAUCCAGCGGUAUGGGCAGUACCUGCAGCAGCAACCGACGAGGAUCUGCAAGCGUCCGCCGCUUUCAGAAGCAGGGGUAGACUUCCAGUGCUUUCGUGGAUCCACCCGGAAAGUCAAGCAACGAUCACUCGUUGCGCCCAACCGUUAGUGGGUGUCGGUGGUAAACGAAGUCGCGAGGACGAAAGAUACGUUCAACUUAUUAUGGACGCGAACGCGCAGAGUCACAAAUUAUUCAUUAUGGAUGCCCGACCGAUGCCUAACGCGGUGGCGAAUAAAGCGAAAGGUGGUGGUUACGAGAGCGAAGACGCUUACCAGAAUGCAGAGCUAGUAUUUCUAGAUAUUCCUAAUAUACACGUGAUGCGGGAAAGUCUUAGAAAAUUGAAAGAAUUAUGCUUCCCGACAAUCGAUGAAGCCAGGUGGUUGUCAGAAAUAGAAUCUACUGUCUGGCUAAAACACAUCAAAUACGUGCUCGCAGGCGCGCUCAAAAUAGUUGAUAAAGUCGAGAAUCACAAAACGUCGGUGCUGGUGCACUGUUCGGACGGUUGGGAUCGAACGGCACAGCUCACGGCUCUUGCCAUGUUAAUGUUAGAUCCGUAUUACAGAACUAUCAAAGGUUUUGAGGUUCUUAUUGAGAAGGAAUGGCUCAGUUUCGGUCACAAAUUUCAACAGAGAAUCGGUCAUGGCGAUGAACACCACAGCGACGCGGAUAGAUCUCCGGUAUUUCUGCAGUUCAUGGACUGCGUGCGGCAGAUCAGUCGCCAAUUUCCGAACGCAUUCGAAUUUAAUGAACACUUUCUCAUCACUAUACUCGAUCAUCUGUACUCUUGCAGAUUUGGCACAUUUUUAUGCAGCAGCGAACGUGAAAGAGUACAGGAUCAAGUGAAACAAAAAACUGUCUCGUUGUGGUCGUACACCAACAGUCAAUUAUCUCUGUACCAGAAUCCUCUGUAUUGGGCAGCUCCCAAUUAUCAGCCCGUCUUGAUGCCGAUCGCUAGCAUGAGGUAUAUGAAGCCAUGGAAAAGUCUGUAUUGCAGAUGGAAUCCUAGCAUGCGACAGCAGGAUCCCGUUUACCAACGAACGAGGGAACUUCUAGUCUUAAAGGAACAACUUGAAAAACAGCUCGAUGAGGGUCGACGCGAACAGGCCUCCCGUGCUAAUCGGUCCCUGGCGUCGCAGGCACCGCCCAAGAUACAUUCCCCGGCACACUCAUAACACGCUCACAAUUCACCCGUCCUCUAACGAUCUGUAGUUAUUGUAAAUGUACUCCUCCAUGCUUCGUUUCCGUGCUCGAGCCAGCGUGCAACAUUGACUAAACUCACAAUCGCUAUGUACAAAACGCUCAUUGAUAAAAAAAAAGAAAGAAAGGAAAAAAAAAUGGAAAACGUUUAUGACUAUUGUACGAUUGACUCUAUGGACUUAUCCUUCUCAUGCGUCGUAUGAAAUAUAGGAGAUUUACGCUUGACUUCUGAACAAAAUCGAUCGCGUUGAUCACGGAAAAAUCGUCUCGGCGGUUGAUACAGUUCACGUGUAUCGUUUGCAAAUCUUGUAUCCGGCCAGUUAAUCAAUGUCGUAGGAAUC